AAGAAUAAAAAUGGGGGUCACGCUUCUGUUAACUCUGUGUUUCCUGAAAUUUGCGAAAUCCCACCAUUUUGAGCAUAUACUUGGUAGUGUACAGGAGAAAGUUGAAGUAGGGAUCGAUGGAAAUAGUUCAAAUUUGUUUGCGCUGAGAGAAAGGGAAAUGUGUGACCUGAAACCAGGGGUAAAUAUGGUGCCCACGAUUUAUAUGAUGAAGUGCUGUGCAGCCGACAAAAUAUUCAACGUGAAUUCAGGAUCCUGUGAGGACGGAUUGUUUAACACCUCUCUAGUUCAAGUCUGGAGAUUUCAAUCCUCUAGUUCUCAGCUGGACCUGGAGCAAGAGUUUUCUCCGCGUCCCCUCUCCGACACAGAUCUGAUGAUCUGCAGUAGUUUGCUAACUCAGGAGGAUUGCGGAGAACUUAGCAGAACCAUCCUUGAUCCUGUUCUCAGACCCCAGGAGGAGUUCAUGUUACUAGAGAACGGAACCCUGCGAAUGCCGAAAUUAGGUUUAUAUUUUACCUCCAGCCCUCAACAGUACUGUGUAGAGCAGUUCCAUACCGGAGACCAGAUAUCUAUUCAUGUUGUGGUGUGUGCUCGGGAGAUGAUGGACUCGGAUGAGGAUAAAGAUGAGAAUGCGUCCUGUAGCGCUAGAUUCAUCUUGUAUCCUAUAGUAGAAUCCCUCUCCUCUCUAGGUCUACUACUAACCCUGAUCUGUUAUUCAAUUCUACCGGAGUUUAGGAAUGUACCUGGAAGGUGUUUACAGUGCCUUUGCUUUACUCUGCUAAGUGCUAUGCUUCUCCUUCUCUUUACUCAGAUUCUAGGCAACUCAAUUUACAAUAAGAUGGGUUUAUGUAAGGUUGUGGCAAGUUUGCUUCAAUUCUCUUUCCUUUCUGCGUUCUCAUGGAUGACGGUUCUUUCCUUAGAUAUUUCAAGAGCAUUUCAUCUGAUGCAGGUAUCCACCACAAAUCCAUCCUUAGGCAGACCUAAAUCCACCAAAAAGCUUGGACUGUAUUCUCUUCUUGGGUUUGGAAUACCUCUUAUUAUCACAGCAAUCACAGCAAUCAUGGAUCAAACUCUUAAUACAAACUUUCUCAGACCAAGGUUUGGAGAGCGAGGUUGCUGGUUCUUUGGAAAUAUGGAAAUUUUACUUUACUUCUACAGCCCAGUAAUUAUUCUGCUGCUGGCAAAUAUUUUACUCUUUGUACGCACAGUGUCCUCACUCGCGAUCGUGGAGAGGAAAACUAGUUUCAAGAAGGGUCAAAUCAGAAAGCACAGUAUGUCUCAACUUCACCAGGAGUAUAGCCAAGGAAGAGAGAUGUUAAGUCUUAGUGUAAGACUUUUCGUGAUUAUGGGAGGAUUAUGGAUAUUCGAAGUAGUGUCUUGGAUUGGGCAUACGCUAGAUCAUCCUUGUUGGAUUUAUAUACCUACUGAUAUACUCAACCUUCUCCAGGUAUAUCCUCAACCUUCUCCAGGUAUAUUCUCAACCUUCUCUAGGUAUAAUAAACCUUCUCCAGGAAUACUCAAACUUCUACAAGUAUAUCCCCAACCUUCUCCAUGUAUACUCAACCUUCUUCAAAUAUACUUGGUGGUGGGGUAUCAUGAAAGAGCAAGCUUAGCUCGUUCUGUGUCUGGAAACUGUUCAAUAGCAGGAGGAGCAGGAGCAAGUGGGUAUGGAACAGGAGGAGGAGAAGCAGUAGCAGGAACAAGAGGAGAAGGAGCAGGUUCAGGUCAAGGAUCGUAUUAA